UUGACCAUGUGAUGAUGAAUCAUGGAAUACCCGCGAUCUUAUAGUAGCUCUUCCUCAUCUUCUCAUUAUUUCAACAACCAUCUUCAAGAAGAAGAAGAGAGACUAAACUCAGUUACUUCUCUUAAUUACUCACAAUCCCAUUAUCACCCUUCCACAGCCGCAUACCACCACUGCCUCGCCACUCUCAAAGGCCACACUUCUUCCUACGUCUCCUCCCUAACUCUUUCUGGAAACUUCCUCUAUACUGGCUCUUCGGAUCGUGAAAUCAGAUCAUGGGACCGCUCCCUUCUCCAAUCCGAAUUUGACCACCACUCAAGUUCAGCCGCCAACAUGGUACUUGCCGGAAAAGAUCUUCACAAGGCAGUCGGCUUCAAAAGAUCAUUUGGGGCUUACUGGCUUAGUAAGCAAGGAGCUGUGAAGUCACUAGUAGUUCAAUCAGACAUGCUCUUUAGCGCUCAUCAAGACCACAAAAUCCGGGUCUGGAAGAUAAGAAGCCACGACAAUGAAGCGCAUAAUCAGAAAUGUACUCGAGUAGCGACGCUCCCCACGCUCGGGGACCGCGCCACCAAGGUGCUGAUUCCCAAGAACCAUGUCCAGAUACGGAGGCACAAGAAGUCCACUUGGGUUCACCACGUCGACACCGUGUCUGUCCUCGCCUUGUCCGGCGACGGCGCCCUGCUUUACUCUGUUUCGUGGGACAGGACAAUCAAAAUCUGGAGAAUAAGGGACUUUACAUGUUUGGAAUCGGUGAACAACGCACACGAGGACGCCAUAAACGCAAUGGCGGUUUCCACAGAUGGACUUGUUUACAGUGGUUCAGCGGAUAAGAAGAUCAAGGUGUGGAAGAGAGUGGAAGAAGAAAAGAAACACAUUCUAGUGGACAUCUUAGAGAAGCACAACUCAGGGAUAAAUGCCUUGGCUCUCAGCUGUGAUGAAACUCUCUUGUAUUCAGGUGCAUGUGACAGGUCAAUAUUGGUUUGGGAGAAAAGAGAGACGGUGGAAGAAGAAGAAGGAGGAGGAGGAGGGUAUAAUGGUAAAAUGGUAGUGGUUGGUAAACUGAAAGGACACACCAAGUCCAUAUUGUGCCUUGCUGUGGUGUGUGAUUUGGUGUGCAGUGGUUCUGCUGACAAAACAAUUAGGGUGUGGAGGAAGGGUAAUAAUAACAAUGAAUAUUCUUGUUUGGCUGUUCUGGAAGGGCAUAAUGGUCCAGUUAAGUGCUUGACUGCGGUCGUUGAUGAUGGUGAUCCAUGUGAUGAAGGUUCUUCUUUUCUAGUCUAUAGUGGCAGCUUGGAUUGUGAUGUUAAGGUGUGGAAGAUUUUUGUUCCUCCACUCUAAAUUAUUCUAUAAUAGGACAUGUAAUUCUUCCUUUUCUGACUUUUUGGUACAUUAAAUGUAUGAUUUUGAGCUCCCUCCCUUUUUCUUUCAUUUUUUUAUUUUAUUUU